AAGAAUAACAAGGCUUUCCCCCCAUCACUUCUUCUUUCAUAAACCCUAUAAAAUUACCUGCCUUUGCAUUCCCAUCCCACCACACCAAAAGAAAAGAAAACACACACACACAAAAAAGAACACUUGGGUUUUGCUUUACACAUAAUGGAGAACAGUGUAGCAUAUGAGAAGGCAACUGAACUAAGAUUAGGGUUGCCAGGCAUAGAUGAACCGGCAGUACUUUCCAGUGUUAAAAACAACAAGCGGCCAUUGCAUGAUGAAAAAAGUGGAGAAAAUGGCAAAUCUGCUCAAAAUGAAACAGCCCCUCCUUCCAAGGCACAAAUUGUGGGGUGGCCACCGGUUCAGUCCUACAGAAAGAACAAUUUUCAACAGGCAAAGAAAAGUGAAAGUGAGUGUGGUGGGAUAUAUGUAAAAGUAAGCAUGGAUGGAGCACCAUAUUUGAGAAAGAUUGAUUUGAAAGUUUACAAAGGGUACCCAGAGUUGUUACAGGUUUUAGAGAACAUGUUCAAGUUCACCAUAGGUGAGUACUCAGAAAGAGAAGGGUACAAAGGAUCAGAUUAUGAACCUACUUAUGAAGACAAAGAUGGUGAUUGGAUGCUUGUUGGUGAUGUUCCCUGGGAAAUGUUCAUCACAUCAUGCAAGAGAUUAAGGAUCAUGAAAGGAUCAGAAGCAAGGGGAUUAAGUUGUAGUGGUGUAUGAGGAAAAAAAAUUCUAUCUUAUUAUCAUCAUCACCAUCAUCAACAAAGACAUAUGAGAGAAAGAUUAAGACAAAACACAAGAUCUAAUAUUUUUGUCUCUCAGGGAGAGAAAAUUAAAGAUCUUUUUCAGCUUGGGUUCUCGAGAGAUAUUCAACCGACUGGGAAAAUUUACAAGCAAAACAGAUCGACCAAACACACACACACACACACACACACACAUAUAUAUAUAAGAUCUGUUUUUUUAGGGUCAACUUUUGUGAAAGAUGACAGAAAAAAAGGAAGCAUAUGGGGGCUAAUUAAUCCAAGUUUUGGUUGUUAUUUUAGUAUUAAUGCAAAGAAAACAAAUGUUGUAUUUGUAUAUCAGUUUUGUGUUGUAUGAUUAAAAUUUUUCUGUUUGAUAUUGUUCAUCAA